AUGUCUUUGUUGACCAGGAGCUUCCAAGGUUUUGCUACUGCUUCUGCUGUGGUGCAUUGGCCGGUUCGUGUCGCUCCUACUACUUUCUCUUUUCCUUCCCGACCCACUGGCCCUUCCUUGAAUCCUAGUCGCCUCUCUCCUUCGCUCUUCCAACUUCCUCGCAGUCUUCUGCAAUUCUCGCGCCGAGCUACCUCCCUUUCCACCAAAACCAUGGAUUCGAAUAGCGAUGCUGGUGUCAAGCGCAAGCGCAGUACUGUCUCUGGUAACGCGGAUCGACCUACAAAACACCUCAAGCCUGAAGGCUCGGUCCUAACCCCCGGCGACUCAACCCCGGCCAAUGGAACCGUCUAUGAUGUCGAGGAGGAGGAUGAUGAUGCGGGACGCAUGCUUGCUCUUGGUCCUGCCCAGGCCGACUCACCGGAGUGGCAGGCCACUAUCGAAUCGGUUGUAAAGAGUGUGGUGUCAAUUCACUUCUGUCAGACCUGCUCCUUCGACACAGACCUUUCUAUGAGCAGUCAAGCUACCGGCUUUGUUGUGGAUGCGGAGCGGGGAUAUAUUUUGACCAACCGACAUGUGGUAUGCGCUGGUCCAUUCUGGGGAUAUGUCAUCUUUGACAAUCACGAAGAGUGCGAUGUUCGCCCUGUUUAUCGGGAUCCUGUGCAUGAUUUUGGUAUUCUCAAGUUUGACCCCAAGGCCAUCCGGUACAUGAAGCUCACCGAGCUCAAGCUUCAACCCAAUGCAGCACAAGUCGGUACGGAGAUUCGGGUGGUUGGUAACGAUGCCGGCGAGAAGCUCAGUAUUCUUUCCGGUGUUAUCAGUCGAUUGGAUCGUAACGCACCCGAGUAUGGAGAGGGAUACAGUGAUUUCAACACCAACUAUAUUCAAGCUGCAGCGGCUGCCAGUGGCGGUAGUUCGGGAAGUCCCGUUGUCAACCUCGACGGAAAUGCUGUAGCUUUGCAAGCGGGAGGUCGAGCAGAUGGUGCUGCAACUGAUUAUUUCCUACCUCUGGAUCGCCCACUUCGCGCAUUGGAAUGCAUCCAACAAGGCAGGCCCGUCACUCGGGGCACCAUCCAGACUCAAUGGAUUCUCAAGCCGUUCGAUGAGUGUCGUCGUCUUGGCCUAACCCCCGAGUGGGAGGCUGCUGUACGUAAGGCUGCUCCUGCGGAGACCAAUAUGCUUGCCGCUGAGAUUAUUCUCCCCGAGGGUCCUGGCGAUGGAAAGCUGCAGGAAGGUGACGUGCUGUUGAAGGUGAAUGGCGAGCUUCUCACCCAAUUUGUUCGUCUUGAUGAUAUUCUAGACUCCAGUGUUGGGGGAAAGGUUCAGCUGCUCGUUCAAAGAGGAGGCAAGGAUCUUGAAGUCGAGUGUCAGGUUGGUGAUCUCCACGCGAUCACCCCCGAUCGGUUUGUGACUGUUGCUGGUGCCACUUUCCAUGAUCUAUCUUACCAGCAAGCCCGCCUUUAUGCCAUUCCCACCCGUGGAGUGUAUGUGUGUGAGGCAGCUGGUUCUUUCAAGCUAGAAAAUACUUUGUCUGGAUGGAUCAUCGACUCGGUUGACAAGCGACCAACUCGAAACUUGGAUGAAUUCGUGGCGGUGAUGAGAACCAUUCCUGAUCGCUCUCGGGUGGUCAUCUCUUAUCGCCAUAUUCGGGAUCUUCACACUAAGGGUACCAGCAUCGUCUAUGUCGACCGUCAUUGGCACCCGAAAAUGCGUCUCGCGGUUCGUAAUGAUGAAACUGGGCUCUGGGACUUUUCUGAUCUUGCAGAUGCCAUCCCUGCGGAAGCUCCUGUUGCACGCAAGGCAGACUUCAUUCAGUUGGAUGGCGUAAGUCAGCCUGCUGCAGCUGAGAUUGUUCGCAGCUUUGUGCGUGUUUCAUGCACCAUGCCUCUGAAACUUGACGGUUACCCACAAGCAAAGAAAACAGGCUUUGGUCUCGUGAUUGACGCCGAAAAGGGUCUGGUUGUUGUUUCGCGGGCCAUUGUGCCCUACGAUCUUUGUGAUAUUACUAUCACCGUUGCCGACUCGGUCAUCGUCAUUGCCAAGGUUGUCUUCCUGCACCCGCUCCAAAAUUACACUAUUAUUCAAUACGACCCCAGUCUGGUGCAGGCUCCUGUACAAAGCGCACGACUCAGUUCCGAAUUCAUCAAGCAGGGCCAGGAUACCAUCUUUGUCGGUUUCAAUCAGAACUUCCGCAUCGUAGUCGCCAAGACUGCUGUCACCGAUAUUACCACGGUUUCAAUCCCAGCUAAUGCAUCUGCUCCUCGGUAUCGGGCAAUCAAUCUGGAUGCCAUCACGGUGGAUACGGGUCUGAGUGGCCAGUGUACUAACGGUGUUUUGAUUGGCGAGGAUGGCGUGGUCCAGGCACUGUGGCUGAACUACCUGGGCGAACGAACCCCCAGUUCUCACAAGGAUGUCGAGUACCAUCUGGGAUUCGCCACACCGUCGCUUCUCCCCGUCACCUCAAAGGUUCAGCAGGGUCUCACGCCUAAGCUUCGCAUCUUAAACAUGGAGAGCUAUGUUGUUCAGAUGAGUCAGGCCCGCAUCAUGGGCGUAUCCGAAGAAUGGAUCCAGAAGGUUGCGCAGGCCAAUCCCUCGCGCCACCAGCUGUUCAUGGUGCGCAAGGUCGACUGCCCAACAGCAGACUUGACACCUACCGAUAGCUUCCAAGAGGCAGAUAUCAUUCUCACUCUGGAUGGACAGCUUAUUACUCGGGUUUCGGAGCUGGAUGUAAUGUACGAGAAGGAGGUCCUCGAGGCCUUGAUUGUCCGAAACGGCCAGGAGAUGCGUAUUCGUGUCCCCACGGUCCCGACAGAAGAUUUGGAGACAGAUCGGGCUGUCGUUUUCUGCGGUGCUGUUCUGCAGAGGCCCCACCAUGCUGUUCGACAACAGAUCUCCAAACUUCACAGUGAGGUUUAUGUUAGCGCGAGGAGUCGUGGCUCUCCCGCUUACCACUAUGGUCUUGCGCCGACCAACUUCAUCACUGCUGUCAAUGACACCCCGACUCCCAAUCUCGACCUGUUCGUCAAAGAGGUGUGCAAGAUCCCCGACAAUACAUACUUCCGCCUGCGUGCAGUGACAUUUGAUAAUGUCCCUUGGGUUGUCACCAUGAAGAAGAACGAUCACUACUUCCCCAUGUCUGAGUAUCUCAAGGACCCCUCCGUUGCAGCCGGGUGGCGUACCGUUUCCCAUAGUAAGCCUAAUGAAAAAUUGGGUGUUGCGGCAGACGCAGUGAAUUUGAACCCAGAUGCUAUGGAUGAGGGUCUUGAGGGCGGAGGAAGUGAUAUGGAGCCCGACAUGGAAUGA